UUUACUUUCUUCUUUAUAUAAGGCACAUUCACUAGUAACGCACUUGGGGAAAUUCCAUUUUUGUUGUUGACUUAUUGUAAUCAGUCCAGUGUUCCCUCCUUCAAACCUGCAUAGACCAAUCAAAGUCUGAGGUUAUAGAAUGAUGCUAUGUUACAGUUCAAGUCAAACCUGUAUAACCAGGCAGUCUACAAAGGCCACAGAAACUUUAUUAUAGGGAAAGCUACAUCACUGGCAGCACUGAAAACCCAACGGGAAAUAAUUGAACUAAAACACGCCAUGCAGAUUUCAUUGCCGCUAGAGCCUGAUAAUUACAGCACUUCGGAGAAGGUAAUUCUGUGUAUCAAGCACCACCAUAAAACCUGUCUUUAGGGGCGAUUUUCGGAUGAGGGCUAUUACAGAUCAAAGGAGUGACCAAAUUGAUAUUAUGUGUCGUUAGACUCUAACUUGGCUGGUAAAGCUGUAAAGAAGAUUGUCAGAAAUGAGGCCUUACCAUUCGACUUGCCAAAUUGCUGCCCUGAUGACACUGAUACUUCAACGUUUAUCAUUGACAGCAGGUUAUGGUUAUAGGAAGUGUUCUCUGGAGGGUAUUCAUAUGGAGUAUGCUAACUGUGUAGGGCAGAGCAUUGACACUUUAGCCAAUGCCAUUCAAGAUCUUCCUUGUCAAAUGAGAGUGUUGAAUGUAUCUGAAAAUGGAAUCAGCAAGAUCGAUAAUUACACCUUUUCUCGUCUGCCCCAAUUAAAAGAACUUGUGCUGAGUAAAAACACAAUCGGUCAAUUGGACACUUGGGCUUUCCACAACCUUGGCAAUCUUCUUAUCCUUGACCUGAGUUAUAAUCUGAUUCAGUCGCUGGAUACAGUGGACCUUACAAAUCUCAGAAGUCUUCAAAUAUUUCACCUAAGUCACAACAGAAUACACCAAAUCCAGACCCUUCGACCUUUAGGAGCACUAGCACUACAAGAACUUGAUCUAUCAUUUAAUAAUGUGUCUGAUUUUCGAUCCGUGGCCAAUGCAUUGAUAGACCUGCCAGAUUUUUUAAGACUUUGUUUGUGCUCUAAUUUAAUAGCAGAUCUGAAAAGUGAGCAAAGUUUGCUUGUCCUCUUAUCUCUACAGUCUUUAAACCUGUGCAAUAAUUCUAUUUCUGCUUUGGACUUUACAUUCUACUCCAUGCCAAGUCUAACAGAGCUCAACGUCACAAGAAACAAUAUGUCUGCAGUGAACAAGAGCUCAUUCAGCAACUUGCCCAUGUUGUCUAAAGUCACUUUUGAUGAAAACAAUUUAAACAUUUCACAAUUAUCGGGAAUCAAUCUUACCAACCUGACGGAAUUUCAUUGGUCAAGCAUGCGACCGGCUCUCCAGAAUGACUCUGCUUCUGCUUGCAAGGUUUUCCAAACAUUCCCAAAAUUGAAGUUGUUGGAUAUCAAACAUUCCAAAAUUGGAAGCGCUAACCUAUCUGUCAUUGGUAGGUGCACAAACCUGACUACACUCAUUCUUACAACAAGUCCUUUCCGUAGACUCAAAGGAAAGGAUCUACAAGAUUUCAAGCAUCUUGAGGUACUUUAUCUUGACAAGUGUAAACUACAAAACAUUGUUAAUAGCUCCUGGAUGGGUCUUGAGGCUCUUCAUACUCUAAUACUUGAAAGAAAUCAACUUACGGUUCUGGAAAAUUCAUUGUUCUCCCCCUUAAUUGGCCUUCGGUAUUUGGACCUAUCAAAGAACUACUUGACACACCUUAAUGAAGAGGCAUUCCAUGGCCUCAGGCGUCUAGAAUAUCUCAGUCUUAAAGGAUGUAAAAUAACAGAGGUAACAAAGAACAAUUUUAAGUAUUUCACAAACCUUCAUGUCUUGAAUUUGCAAGACAACAGUAUAUCAGUCAUUAAAGCCAAUGCCUACUACUACCUUAGAACGCUAGAAACCCUUUUGCUGUCAGGGAACAAAAUUUUAACAAUUCAGAAAAAUGGCCUGAAAGGUCUCGUCUCACUGAAGGAACUCUCACUGGCCAGCAAUAAUAUAUACAAACUCACUAAUAAUACUCUUAAAUGGCUUAAAUCCAUCAGGAGUUUGGAUCUCAGCAGAAACCAGCUGUGGCCUUUGCACAAACUUCAGUCUCCGUGUCCAUUUCUAAAUCUUACGCAUUUGGAAAUUUUGGAUGCAAGCUAUCAGACAACAGAUAACAUUCACAUUCCUACUACAUUAUUUCGAGGUCUGCAGUCUCUUAAAGUACUGAAGUUCCAGGGAAACCCAAGUGUGUUCUUUAAAAACAUAUCAUUUGAGUUUCUUUUAAACUUGACCGACUUAGACAUGUCAGCAACCGUCUAUACAAUGACAGACCCUCCAGUUAGUUUUAAGAAAGAAUUAUUUAACAUGCUUGGUCAACUUAGAAUUCUUACACUGGACAACAAUGGGAUCCAAUUCCUUCCAGAAGACAUAUUUACUAAUGUACCCAUGUUGGAACGCAUAUCUUUAAGAUACAACAGAUUGACCAACGUCACUGAAGCAAUAAUGAAAAAUCUGUCUAAAUUGACUUAUUUUGACAUGUACAUGAAUACUCUUUCCUGCUGUUGUGACAACUAUUGGUUUCAGAAUUGGUCUAUAAGUAACACAAAAGUCCAGAUACCCUAUAUUCAGUCAUAUAAAUGUUUUGGCCUAGGUUCAGACGUGCUCUUUGUAAAUCAAGACUUUAGUUUUUGCAACGAAAUUGGCUACUACUACUUUCUUGGGAGUUUCAUGAUAACAUUUUCUUUUUUGAUUGUGACUCUUCUAAUGGUCAAGCUAAAAUGGACAAUAAGGUAUCUUUAUUGUAUGUUAGAAGUGUGGUUUCAGGGGAAACUUGAGACGAAGAAGAAAGCACACGAGUAUGACGCAUAUAUUUCUUACUGCGACGAUGAUGAGAAAUGGGUAACGGAAAAGUUACUGUAUAUGUUGGAAGUCCAAGGCCCACGUAAAUAUAAGCUGUGCUUCAAGCCAAGAGACUUUAUUCCAGGAAUGUACCAACUUGACAACAUUCAGGAUGCUAUCAGUAACAGCCGCAAGACUUUGUGUGUGGUCAGUAGAAAGUAUUUGCAAAGAGAAUGGUGCAGAGAGGAGAUGCAGUUGGCUUGCUCUUGGGCCUUCUCCUAUAAGGAAGAUGUCCUUCUCAUGGUGCUUCUAGAAGAAAUUCCAGAAUACAGACUUUCAGCCUACCACAAACUCAGAAAACUGAUAAAGCAAAACUCAUACAUUGACUGGCCUGAAGACCCCCAGGGAGAAAAGGUCUUUUGGUUGAAGCUCCAGAAAGCAUUGGAUGGCAGGGUGUGUGAAGAGAAUGACAUUCAGUUGUGUGACUGACCGAACUGUUACACUCUACAAAACUUUGUGGUGUCUAUAAACACAAACUGAAAGAGUCACUGCUGUAGAAUAAAAAAAACAAGAGGGACCAAAGAGUAUCAGAACAUGUUUCUCAUGUGUGAAGAUGUAGAGUAAUAGUUUAAUUGGCAGACACGAGGACGUGUCUGGUUUUCAGGCGGGUGAGAUGUAAUAGGGGAAAAUGUUAAUAGUUUAAUAUAAAUGUUUAAGUAUUGGUUAAUACAUAUAUUUAGGUUGGCCACCAGGUUAACAGUUGUGAGGAUAAGUCCCCAGUGGGUGGAGAAAAGUAAAUUAGAAAAGGGAAAGUUUCAGGAAGUGAUUUUUAGAGAUGCAUCAUGGGACAGAGGCACUGCAGCAGAAGAGUGAUCUCCUGGAAGAGAUAUUUAGCCUAGGUAGUGUGAGGCCUAGUGGUGUAAUAGUAUGCUCUAGGGAGUGCAAGUUAGAGAGGAAACUAGCAUGGGCAGCUAUGGCCCCAACUAAGUGGCAAAUUCACUAACCUGCGAAUUUU